AUGGUCCAUCUUUUGCAAUGCAGUGGCAGUACCCAUAUGUCGUUGCCUCUGUUCUUCCUCUCAGUCCUCCACCUCCUCCCCUCCAUGGAGUCAGCACAUUCAGAUGCUGGGAGGUUGCCACUGAGGUUACUAGAGAUUGGCAGCAGUAAGGAGGAGAAAGGGGGACACAGAGGGGAGAUGAUGAAGAUGGAACGGAGGGGCCUGAUCGGAUCAAGGCCACCAAGGUGUGAGAGUGUGUGCAUGUCUUGUGGCCACUGCAAGGCAGUGCAGGUGCCCAUAGUGCCACAGGAUCACAAGCAGAGAGCUGGCCGAGAACACCAUGAUGCGGCGAGUGACAUCGAUGCAGCGAUGCUCGCUGCCUACAAGGGCAAUGGUGGCAUCUCGGACUACAAACCUCUGAGAUGGAAGUGUAGGUGUGGAAGCAUAAUACUUGAUCCAUGA